AUGAAUGAAGAGUUUAUAAAAUCGUUAUUCGAAACUCCCGUAAAAGUUACAUUCUAUCAAGACGCCGACAGACUUGUGACCCUUCCUUAUUGCCAACUUGAAUUUGAAAAUUCUACGGCUGCUAAUGACGCUUAUGAACAAAAACAAGGUAUUCAACUCAUUUCUGGAAGGCCACUUUCUCUCGAUAAAUUGGCCGACUGGGACAAGAGUCAGUACAACAUGUUAUAUGUAACGAACAUGGACUUGGAGGCUACAGAAAUUGAUCUCCGUAAUUUGUUUGCAAAGUACGGUUAUGUUUCUUCGCAUGUGCUGAGGAACGAAGAUGGCUCUUCAACUCGGGUCGCGUUUGUUUGGUUUGCGACUGCUGAUGAUGCCUUGCACGCACAUACGGAAGCUCAGGGAGCCUUUUGUGUUAAAAGAUCCAUUUUAAUUCACUCGCUAAGGGUCGAAUUAGAUGCAUUAGUAAAUAACCCGGGCUUCUACAACAUACUUCAGCCAAUGAAUCAGUUUACUGAUCCAAACAACACGACCGUUUUCGUUGAUGGUUUGGCUGACACGGUGAAAGAGGAAGAUCUGCGAUCCUACUUUCAGCAUCUUGGUGAAAUUGUGCACGUUCAGCUUUUAAACGGAAAGGCAAACGUUAUCUUUGCACAAAGAUACCCUGCUGAGCGGUGCAUUCUGGAAAUGCAUGGGGCUCUGAUAAAAAAUUCGCGCAUUCAACUUCAAUGGGGUCGUCCGCCUACACUCAGCAGUAUGCCAAUGAUAGAAAAUCCGUACUGGCCAUGCCCAAUGGCACCUGUUUACAAUUCCUGGAACACGGUUCCACUACACUCUUUCUCACCCAUUGCUCCCAUCAACCGGUACGCUGCUGUUUAUGGUGCCCGGCUAGAACAGCCAACAAUUCUUCCACCUGGAAUAAAAAAUGGCCGAGACAAUCCUUACCUUCCCUUCCCCGUUCUUUUACAAAAUGAUAUUCGCAUCGCGGAGACAGAGGCGCUUAAUAAGCGUUUGUUAGCAGACUCUGCUCCACUACUGCCGGUGGAUUAUUCUUAA